AGUCAUAUUGUCUACGGACCGAGCCUGUUGAGGAAUACUUCUAUCAAAGAGGGACCCGAAGCACCCAAAGAAAAAAAAAUGGAUCCUGCAAAUCUCCUCUUACUUCUUCUCAUGUUUGCUUCCACCAUAAACGCCCAAUUCCCAGUGACCCACUGUGGUUCGACCGGCAACUUCACCGCCAACAGCACCUACCAAACCACCCUCACCACCCUCCUCUCCUCCAUCUCCACCGUCAACUCCUUUUCACUCUCCUACGGCUUCUUCAAUGCCUCUGCCGCCGUCUUUGGCGCCUCCCUAACCCUCUACGUUUUUGGCCUCUGCCGCGGUGACUUAAGCGCCGAGACCUGCCGCGCCAGCCUCGAUGUCUUGGCCUCCGACAUCAGCGGCCUCUGCCCCCUCCAGAAAGAGGCACUCCUCUACUCCGAUAAUUGCAUCAUCCGGUACUCAGAUGCCUCGUUCUUCAACAUAGUCGCGACAGAACCACACUACAUGGUGAAAACCAAAUACAACGUCUCGAGCCCAGACACAUACGACGCAGUGCUAAGGAAGCUCCUGAAUAGUCUGCGGGCCGAGGCGGCAGGUGGCAGCUCGCUGAGAAAGUACGCAUCGGGGAACGAAUCAGCGGGAUCUGACAUGAUCUACGCAUUGGUGCAAUGCACGCCGGACUUAACGGAGCAGCAAUGCAACAACUGCCUCGUGAUAGGCGUCCAGAUGAUCAAGGAUUGCUGUUCCAGGUUCUCAGGAGGACGGUUCAUGGUUCCAAGUUGCCUAAUCAUAUACGAGGCCAAUAAUCAGUUCUUUGACCCGCUCAAUGAGCCACUUCCUCUGCCGCUGCCGCCGCCGCCAUCGUCCACGCAGGGGCCAGAUGUGCUGCCUCCGCCACCAGUUGGAAAGAGCAAUUCGACGAGGACUGUGAUCAUUGCGGCUGUCACAAUUGUUUCUGCACUACUCAUUAUUGGCGCUGUCGUGCUCUUGAAAGUGAAAAGGAAGAAGAAACAACCCAGACAAAAUGUUGAAGGCGAAGUUGUGGCUGAAAUUAUCACGGAGGAGUCGCUGCAAUUUGAUUUCGGCACCAUUAGAACGGCAACGGAUAAUUUCUCUGAUUCCAAGAAGAUUGGACAAGGCAGUUUUGGUGCUGUUUACAAGGGUCUCUCCAACGGACAGGAAAUCGCGGUCAAACAGAUAUCGCAAAAUUCCAGCCAAGAGGAAGUAGAAUUCAAGAACGAGGUCAUGUUACUAGCUAGGCUACGACAUAGGAACUUGGUCAGGCUCCUAGGUUUCUGUCUGGAAGGAGUCGAAAAGCUUCUCAUUUACGAGUUUGUGCCCAAUUCAAGCCUUGAUCAGUUCAUAUUCGAUCCCCGGAAGCGUGCAAGUCUAAACUGGGAUAGGCGUCACAAGAUAAUAAUGGGUGUUGCUCGAGGGAUGCUUUACCUACAUGAAGACUCUCGACUUAUCAUCCAUCGGGAACUCAAAGCCAGCGACAUUUUGUUGGACUCAGACAUGAAUCCUAAGAUAUCGGAUUUAAUUAUGGCAAGGCUGUUCGAAUUGGACCAAACUCAAGCAGAGACAAACCGAAUCGUGGGGACCUACGGAUGCAUAAUGCCGGAGUAUGUGAUGAACGGAAACUUCUCAGUCAAGUCAAAUGUGUUUAGUUUCGGAGUGCUCGUUUUAGAGAUUGUGAGUGGUCAGAGGAACAAUCAUUGCAUGAACAAUGACAUGGAGAUCCUGAUAAGCUAUGUUUGGAAUAAUUGGAGCGAAGGAUCAAUAUCGAACAUCAUUGAUCCCUCUAUAGUUUCUAGUUCGAGUACUGAAAUCGAGAGGUGCAUCCACAUUGGUUUACUAUGUGUCCAAGAAAAUGCGGCUAGCCGGCCAACGAUUGCCUCAGUCCUCUACAUGCUUAACAACCACUCGGUCACUCUCCAUGUGCCGUCGAGACCCGCAUUCUUCAUGCACAGAACCACUGAAUUUGAUAUGUCAUCCACGCAGGAUUACGGUUCGAGGGUAUAUGAGGUUGAGAGAUCAAGAAGCAAAUUGAACCAAUUCUCAAAAAAUGAGGCCUCUAUGACCAAGCCGUACCCACGAUAGCCUUAGAAAAUGGGUAAUCAAUGUGCCCUAAGCCUUAUUUUUUUGUCUUUGUUGUGGUUUCAGAUCAUCAAAAUUACAAACAUCAAGCUAGCAAGAAUUACCUAGAGUGGGGUAAAUAGUUGAUUUUAACUAUUAUUGACAAAUUCAAAACGGAAUUCAAAAGAUCAAGAACAAAGUUUGAACUUAGUGUACAAUGUUCAGAUUUUAAAUAAUCUUUCGAAGCAGUUAUGUAAGUGUGCAAUAUAAUGUAAUAAACAGAAGCAACUUUAAGAGACGAGAAAAUCUGCACAUAAGAUUUAUAGUGAUUCUGCUUAGAUCAAGCCUACAUUCACUCUCACAUGCUAAUAGCCUACUAGCUGGAUUCUACUAGAUGAUCAAUUAGGAUAUUACAAUUAUGAGUGAUAACACUCAGUGUAUAAUAGGUCUUACUAUCUCACUAACUCACUCUUUUAGUACUACUCUCAAGAUCACAAAUUUUGCACACUUGAAGACAAGUAUAUAUGUUUGAAAUACGCUCAGACUUUGGAAUUGUAGAUUCUGGACUUUGUCUCUUGCUCCUGCUUCUCAGCACCUUAGUCUCCUUUUAUACUCAUCCGCUUCCAAUCUAGCCAUUGGACAAUCUUUAGAAGAUCAUCUUCCAAUCUCCACACUGGACAAAUUUGUAUUAAGAAGAUUGAGUAGCUAUUGAGUGACAAAAUCUAAAUCUUCAUUGAUUAUGAUCAUCCAUACAACCAAUGUCUUGGUUUAUAGAAAUAGAGCUUUUCCGUUUAGAAAGUAACUUGUCU